UGUAGUGUCCACUGACCACACACUGUGUAAAGCAGCUCAGGCAGUAUCUGCAGAUCACCCCCAGCAGUACAGCCAUCAUGGUUCACUGGACAGCUGAAGAAAAAGCAACCAUUGCUUCUGUGUGGGGAAAAGUCGACAUUGAACAGGAUGGCCAUGAUGCUUUAACCAGGCUGCUGGUUGUGUAUCCCUGGACUCAGAGGUACUUCAGCAGUUUUGGAAACCUCUCCAAUGUCUCCGCUAUCUCUGGAAAUGUCAAGGUUAAGGCCCAUGGAAAUAAAGUCCUGUCAGCUGUUGGCGGUGCAAUCCAGCAUCUGGAUAAUGUGAAGAGCCACCUUAAAGGUCUCAGCAAGAGCCACGCUGAGGAUCUUCAUGUGGAUCCUGAAAAUUUCAAGCGCCUUGCUGAUGUUCUGGUGAUCGUUCUGGCUGCCAAACUUGGAUCUGCCUUCACUCCCCAAGUCCAAGCUGUCUGGGAGAAGCUCAACGCAACUCUAGUGGCUGCUCUUAGCCAUGGCUACUUCUGAAACAUUUGCCAAUGUUAUGAUGAUUUUGUUUUGCAAUAAAUACAAUAAAAUAAUAUUUUGAAAAUAAA